CCGGGCUGCGUGGCUGGUGGAGUUUAGUCAAUCGAUAACACAUCCCGAGUCGGAGCCAAAUUAAAGGUAAAUAAUAGACGGCUUUCACAGUGAACGGACGUGUAUAGAGCGCUCUGGUGUGCCAUUCAUGUGACCCGCGCUACUGCAGCGACAAUACGGUGAAUAGUGUACAGUGGAGACAACAAGUGGUGCUGUACUGCCCUGCACCCCGAUACCCGCCCGCCACGCCCGCCACGCCCGACACGCCCGGCCCUCGUGCACCGUGCACCGUGCCCAAACGCCGCGACACGUGUUCCCAUUGAGUGGUGGGCGCUGCCGCCGGGCACUGAGGGAGCCACCAUUGCCGGCGUGCUGUCUUACACUGGCCUGGCGUCGGCCGCCGAGGACUCCGCGGCCGUGGAGGGAACUCGGAGCCUGUGGGAGCGUCGGUGGCGAGGGAGCGGCAGACACGAGCCGCCCGUGGGGUACAAGGAGCCGCGCGAAGCCGCCACGCUGGAGUACUACAGCAACGCCGCCCUCAAGCCAGCCACCAUGCUCACCCUCGACCCGCCAGACCUGAAGGGCGGCAGCCUGCACUCACCUCACCUGCCGCCCCACACCACCCACUCCCACUCCGUCCCUCACGCCCACCACAACUCCCACUCCCACAGCUAUCUCUCCCACCACUCCUCCCUCACCCCCUCGCUCAACUCCUCCCUCACCUCCUCGCUCUCCACGCCCUCCCUCGCCUCCGUGGGGAGCAUGAGCGCCCAUUCCCCGCCGCAGACCCACGUGCCCACGCCCACCACCAACAACAACACCACCAACAACAACAACAACACCACUGGCUCCGUCAACAGCAGCUCCACCAACAGCAGCAGUAACAGCAAGAGCAGCGCCUCCUCCUCCAACUCGGCGGCGGAGCGCGUCAAGCGGCCCAUGAACGCCUUCAUGGUGUGGUCGCGGGGCCAGCGGCGCAAGAUGGCCCAGGAGAACCCCAAGAUGCACAACUCGGAGAUCUCCAAACGCCUGGGCGCCGAGUGGAAGCUGCUCUCGGAGACGGAGAAGAGGCCUUUCAUCGACGAGGCGAAGCGACUGCGAGCCGUGCACAUGAAGGAGCAUCCAGACUACAAGUACAGGCCGCGGAGAAAGACGAAGACGCUUAUGAAGAAGGAUAAAUACCCUCUUGCCUCCGGUCUACUGCCCUCUGACCCGACACGUCCCCCAGUCCAGCAGGUGACCAGGGACAUGAGAGAUAUGUACAAUAUGACGAACGGCUACAUGCCAAACGGGGAUUAUGGCGACUAUGGUUACGGCUAUGACACAGCAGCUUACGGGGGUCAAGGAUACCCAUACAUGACAGGGCAGAUGUAUGGAGGGUAUGACAUGACUCGUGGUUACUCCCCGACCUCCAGCACUCCUUCCUAUAUGAAUGGGUCCUACUCCCCUGCCAUGUACGCCUCAGCCCCCUCCCCCUACUCCAUGAGCCAGAUGGCGUCAAUGGCUUCAGUGGGCUCCGUGGGCUCCGUGGGCUCCUCAGCAUCGCAUUCACCCACGCCCAUCAAAUCUGAGACACCCACCUUGCCAGUGUCCUCUCCGGGAGCCUCCAUGCCGCCCGCCACCCACACCACUGCAGGUGAUUAUCCAAGUGUGAUGAAGCGGGAGUACUCGUCAGGAGGGCCGGGCCAGCAGGACCUGUCCCAGAUGAUAUCCAUGUACCUGCCUGGCUCCCAGGAGCGCCACGACCACCAGAAGGCCGCCGCCGCCGCCGCCUACAUGUCCCACGCCCACUACCACGCCCACGGCGCCGCCUCGCCAGACCAGAUGCCGCCCGCACCCAUGCCCCUCACCCACAUGUAACCCGCGAGUCCUCACAGUUAAGGUGACUCGUCCGUGCGGGUGUGGUGCGGGCGCCGGCCCCGCCCACCCUGCCGCCCAUCGCCCGCACGCCGCCCACGCCAGCCGGCACUCCUCCAUACCAGCGGGCCACCGUGCGCCGCGCCCCGGUGUUCUCCACGGCCGCCGCCCACCACGCGGCGCUCCUGUGCUCCCGCUCCCAGCGUGGACCAGCGUGCCUGGCGCGGCGCGGCCCCCAGCGGUGCCGGCGUGCCCAGCGGAGACUUGGUCCCAGGGAUCCCAGCAGCCCGCGGCCCCGCCGUACCCCGCUGUCCUCGCCAGGCGGCGGCCCCGCGGCGCGGCCGUGCGGCGCUGGCCGGCGCGGCGCGGUGGAGUGGCGGCGUCCAGGCGGCCCGCGGCGCGGCCCGGCGCCGCAGUGUGAUAGGCCGCCGCGUCUAACACUGCGUUCUUAUUGCCAUAAUUUAUACGGACGUUUGUGUGUCGUGUCUGAGUGCUUCAGGCCAGCUGUUAGUUAGUGCCGACUGUGUGUACACGUGUGUGUGUCCGUGUGCACCGCGGGGCCAAGCCCUCAUGUACAUACAAGUUUGCGCCCUGUACAUACUCCCACACUGCCCCGGACGCCCCGCCCGCCCGCCGCCCGCCCCGCUGCGGCUUCUGCCGUGGCGGUGGGCGGCGGGGCGGCGAGGCCUCCUCCCACCGGCCCCGCGCUGCCCCGCCCCGCCCCACCCCGCUGCCCUACUCUGCCCCCGACGCCCCCGCCCCGCCCCGCCCCGUCCGGUGAUCCGGGGGGCAGCAGCUCCCCGCCCCUGCCCCGACCCUCCCGGCGUGGGGCCGCCAGAGGGGGCGGAGGGCGCGCUGGGCGGGCGGCCGCGGACGAGCAGGAGCCCCGCGCCUUGCUCUCCGUCUCAUCUUUUUGGCUUUUAUUUUUAUUUGUCUGACUCUGUCAACCAUCUGUACAUAGCGCACCACUGUCUUGUUAUACCACACUGGUCGCCGACGUUUCUUUAUCGUUGGAAAUGACAAAAUAAAAGAAAUAAGUGGAAA